AUGGCAGAUUCUUCAUCGUCUUUCUUUUCUGAUUUUGGACUGCUGUUGUAUUUUGAGGAGCUAAACAAAGAGGAAUUCAAUAAUUUCAAGUUACUCCUUAAGCAAAGAACAGAUGCCCUAAUACCCUGGUCUGCAGUGAAGAACGCCAAGCGUGAAGAUCUGGCUAACCUGAUGAAUAAAUAUUAUCCAAGAGAACAGGCUUGGAAUGUGACUCUCCAAAUCUUUGGCAAGAUGAACCUAAAGGGUUUGUGUGAGAGGGCAAAAGCAGAGAUCAACUGUUCAGCCAAGACUAUGGAACCAGGAGAUGUUGAGGAUAAAGAGAUACACAGUGGUCAGGACCUGGUGCUGGGUGAUAGAACAGAAUACAGAAGUCAAAUACAGGAAAAAUUUAGCCUCCUGUGGGAUAACCAUUCCUUUCUUGGAGAUCUUGGAACUCUCCAUUAUAGAAUUGCUCAGGAAGAUAAAAAAUUGUUGGAGCAUUUGUUUGAUGUGGAUGUCAAAACUGGUGAACAGCCAAAGACGGUGGUGCUUCUGGGAGCUGCUGGAGUUGGCAAAACACAGUUGGCAAGGCAGGCAAUGCUGGAUUGGGCUGAGGGCAAUCUCUAUCAGCAGAGGUUUGCCUAUGUAUUUUACCUCAAUGGGAGAGAGAUAAACCAGCUGAAAGAAAGCAGCUUUGCUCAGCUGAUAUCAAAGGACUGGCCCAGCACAGAAUACCCCAUUGAAAAGAUCCUGUCCCAGCCAAAUAGUCUCCUUUUUAUUAUUGAUAGUUUUGAUGAACUGAACUUUGCCUUCGAGGAACCUGAGUUUGCCCUGUGUAAUGACUGGCGCCAGGUGCACCCAGUGUCAUUCCUCCUGAGUAGUUUGCUAAGGAAAGUGAUGCUCCCUGAGUCAUCUUUAUUGCUGACACUGAGACUUACAAAUGCCAAAAAGCUAAAGCAUUUGUUAAAGAAUGAGCAUUAUGUAGAGGUGCCAGGAAUGCCUGAGUUUGCAAGAAAGGAGUAUAUUUGCCGAUUUUUUGAAGAUAAGAAUUCGGGUAUGAAAGCAUUCCGUUUGCUAAGAAGCAAUGAGAUGCUUUUUAGCAUGUGUCAAGUCCCCCUUGUGUGCUGGAUUGCUUGUACCUGUCUGAAACAGAUCAUGGAAAAGGAUGGCGAUGUCACAGUGACCUGCCGAACACCCACAGAUCUUUUUACCUGCUACAUCUCUGACUUGUUCACAUCAGUAGAUGGAUGCUCACUUAAUCUACCCAACCAGGACCAACUGGGGAGGCUGUGCUGCUUGGCUGCUAAAGGUAUAUGGACUAUGACAUACGUGUUUUACAGGGAAAACCUCAGAAAGUAUGGGUUAACUAAAUAUGAUGUCUCAAUAUUUCUGGACAUGAAUAUUCUUCAAAGGGACAGAGAGCUUGAAAACUGUUAUGUGUUCACCCAUCUGCAUGUUCAAGAGUUUUUUGCAGCUAUGUUCUAUAUGUUGAAGGACAAUUGGGAAACUAGGGAUAAUCCUGCUGAUUCUUUUGAAAAUUUGAAGUCGGUGUUUGAAAGCAAAAAUGAUAAGGACUCUCAUUUGAUGCAGAUGAAAUGCUUUUUGUUUGGCCUUUUGAAUGAAGAACGAAUAAAACAACUGGAAAAAGCUUUAAAUUGUAAUAUGUCAUUAGAUGUAAGACAACAGUUAUUGCAGACAAUGCAAGUAUUAGGAAACAGUGAUUAUUCUCCAUCAGAGCUCGGAUUUCUGGACUUGUUUCACUACCUAUAUGAGACUCAAGAUGAAGCAUUCGUAUGUCAGGCAAUGAGCUAUUUUCCAAAGGUUGAUGUUAAUAUUUGUGCAAAAAUCCAUUUGUUUGUGACCUCAUUUUGCCUCAAGCACUGCCGAGAUUUGCAAGCCAUUAAAUUCUCUGUAUCUGUGAUAUUUGAGAAGAUUUCAAGCUCAAGUUGGUCACCUGAAAUAAGUGAUGAUGAAAUCAUUACUCAUUGCUGGGAAGAUCUCUGUUCUGUUCUUCAUACAAAUGAACACUUGAAAGAAUUGAGCCUGUGCAGAAGCAACCUUGAUAAACUAGCUAUGAAGACUUUUUAUCAAGGACUUAGCCACCCAAACUGUAAACUGCAAAGGCUGCUGUUGAAAUCUGUCUCCUUCCCUGAUGGUUGUCAGGGUAUCUCAAAAUUUCUGACUCAAAGUCAGAAUUUGACACACCUGGAUUUGACAGGCAGUGAAAUAGGGGAUAAUGGAAUGAAGUCCCUAUGUGAAGCUCUGAAACACCCAAAUUGUAAAAUAAAGAAUCUGAGGUUAGAAUGUUGCGACCUAACUACAGUUUGUUGCCUGAAUCUAUCCAAGGCUCUCAUCAGUAACCAGAAACUGAUAAUGCUGAAUCUGUCAACCAAUAAUUUGUUAGAUGAUGGAGUGAAGCUUUUGUGUGAGGCCUUAAGACAUCCAAAGUGUCAUCUAGAGAGACUGUCCUUAGAAAGCUGUGGCCUCACAGAAGUUGGUUGUGAGGAUCUUUCUUUGGCUAUUGUCAGCAAUCAAAACCUGACGCAUCUAUGUUUGGCAGAUAAUAUAAUAGGAGAUGGUGGAGUAAAGUUUAUAAGUGAUGUCUUGGCACACCCACAGUGUACUCUACAAAGCCUUGUGCUCAACCUGUGCCAUUUCACUUCAACUAGCAGCAGAUAUCUCUCUGCUUCUCUUAUGCACAACAAAAGCCUGAGACAUCUGGACCUGGGAUUGAACAAACUGCAAGAUGAAGGAGCAAAGCUUCUGUGUGAUGUCUUUCGACGUCCAAGCUGCAAUCUUGAGGCCGUGGGGUUGGCGGCCUGUGGUCUCACCAGUGCUUGUUGUCUGGAUCUGGCUUCUGCCAUUUCGAACAACCCAAACAUUGGGAGCCUGGAACUUGGUUACAACGACUUACAGGAUAGCGGAGUGAAAAUUCUGUGUGUCGCUUUGAGACAGCAAAAGUGUAACAUUCAGAAGCUUGGGCUGGAGUGCUGUGGUUUGACCGCUCUGUCUUGUGAAGCUCUUGUCUCUACUCUUAUUGGCAACCAGAAUCUGAAAAUAAUGAAUCUGACUCAGAAUGUUUUAGGGUAUGAAGGGAUUAAGAAGUUAAGUGAAGUCUUGAGGUCUGCAAUAUGUAAACUACAAGUUCUUGGGUUGUGCAAAGAGGUCUUUGAUGAGGAAACUCAGAAGCUGCUGGAAGCUGUGACACUUAGAAAUCCACGCUUAGUCAUUCAGCCAAACUGUAAGGAUCACAAUGCAGAUGUGUCCUGGUGGCAGUGCAGUGAUCCCAGUGGAGAAGAUGGGUCCUAG